UUAUCUCCCGCCGCCAGCCCCUCUGGUCCUGCCCGCGCAGUAGGCAGCGCUGGUCGCGGCCAGGCUCUCCCCUCCAGCUCUGCCUCUCCCAGCCCGCUCUCGGCUAGUCUGAUGCAACGCGGGGCUAAGGCUGCACAAGAUGGAGGCCGCCUCCUGCGCUGAGGGGAGCAGCGCGGCACGCAGGGGCCAGAGACGGCAGCCAGGGAGAGCAGCAGGAAGCGGAGCAGGCAUGAGCGGCGGCGGCGGUGAGGACAGCAGCAGCGACGAGACCAUCGUGGAGGCUUCCGUGCCGGAAAGCGAUGUGGAUGAAGAGGAGCUCCUCUGGAGGAGGAGGUUGCCUUUUCUUAGUGAGGAUGUGCAUUUAAGAGCAGAAACAAGAUUUCAUAAAGGAAUUGCUUCUCCAGAAAUCUGUUUUAUACCGAAAUUUUGUGAUCACAUGUAUAGUCAGAAGCAACAACAGAUAAAUCCAAUAUUUCAAGAGGCAUACACAUCUGACCAGUCUCAGUCUCUCCUGCAGGGUUGGAUAAAGUAUCCAUCACUUACUGAAAAUAUUUCUAAGUCUGGUUUUUCACUGAAUGCUGCAGUAGAGGGACACCAAAAUAAUUCUGUAGAUAUUGAAUUGAAUGGAUUUCAGAAAGAUUCAGAAGAAAAGAUUUCACAGAAAUUAAAUGAAGAUCUCCCUCCAGAAGUAAGCGUUUGUCUAGAUGUCCUGGAGGAUAUGAUAAGGGUUCCAAACGAGCAGACAUCACAACAUACACUUCCAUAUAUUUCAGAAGAUUGCCAGGGAACCUCCAUGACCACUUCUGACAUGGAUAACACAGUAAAAGAACAUUCCCAUGAUGAUGAUAUACCUCUUUCAUUGACAUCUGUAGGGAAGAUUUUCAUGGAAGCAUUCACUGAACUGAAUAUAGACACUAGUGAUCUUGAAAUUACUGAUUUGUUGGGAUCCCUCAGUGAUUCUGAGACUCUUAAAAUGAUAAACCCAUUGCCUGACGAUUUAGGUCAUUUCUGUUCCAUUGAUUCAUCAGCAGAUGAGAGCAGUGGUGCACUGCCAGUAGAACUUGUAAUGGCUCUGAAUGCCAUGUCAGGAUCUCCUGUAGUGCCAAAUGAGACACAGCUUAACACAGAGGAAGAGCAUUUAAAUUCAGAACCUAGUAUUCUCCAAUUAGGUGAUGACUGUACACAAAUAACAAACAGGACUGAGCCUCAACUUGCUAAAAUUCAUAUGGAAGAAAUAAAAGCCGUAAGAGGAUCUGACUUGCAGAGGACAACAAAUGAGCAACCUGUGGGUGAUCAGCAAAGAGAGAAAGAAGUAACUUCAAAUUACUGGGGUGCCACCUCUAGUGAAAAGCAAACUGUUCAGGGAAGUGCACAUUCUGCGAAUGCUGCCACAUGUGCAGAAGCAGCCCAAACAACAUCAAGGAAAGCAAUACAGUUGGGCGAGACCUCCUCAAGAGAGUGCAGAGCUCCUAUUUCCAGUCACUGCCAAAUGCUUGAAGAAACUCAGCAGAGAAUGUCUCACAGUGGCAGUAUAAGAAGAAACAAAGCUAAGGAUUUUGAUGAAAUUCAUGAAUCUACUGAAGAUAAGCAGGAUCUAGAAACAAACGUAUACCAAGAAAUAACUCUGAAUGAGGAUAGUGAAGUUAAGCAGAGAAGAAGGAGCAAGAGAAUCGAAAACAAACUGAGACAAGAAGCCUUUGGUAGGAAUUCUGUAAAUCCAGUUUGCCCCACAUCACUUUCAGUCAUCCAUAGGAGGAAUCUAUAUGGUGAAACCUUACUGCAUAGGGCUGUUUUUCAUCAAGAUGUAGACCUUGUACAUAACAUAAUAAAAGCCGGUGGAAAUGUAAACAUUCAGGAUUAUGCUGGCUGGACUGCACUACAUACAGCAAGUGUGGAAGGCUCCUACAGGAUUGCAAAUGAGCUUUUGAAAGCAGGAGCUGAUGUUGAUGCUAGAGGAUAUGAACAAGUAACACCAUUGCAAGAUGCAGCUAAGGAGGGCCAUUAUGAGAUGGCAAAGUUAUUACUUUUUUAUGGAGCUGAUCCCUUAUUAAAAAAUGAGAUGGGAAAAUGCGCAUUGGAAGAAGCUUCUGACCCAGCUAUGAGGAAACUGCUUAAAAGCUGUGUAGCAAAAUACAGAAUAAAUUCAGUAGCAGGUGGAGAUGAUCCAAAGAAUAUGUUAAAUGCUGAAAGUGUAGAGGAUACAAACCUGCAUCAGAAAAUUUCCUUACAGACAGAUGAGUCAGAGCCAGCAUGUGCAAAUUGUCUGCAUUCGGACAGCAGGGACAUAUUGCAACAGACUAUUGUAAAUGAGGUUCAAAACAUUUAUACUGAUAUAUCUGGAGAUGGAACCAGUUGUACUGAACAGAAAGUUCAAGCAAAUGAUGAAACACUGUUAGCUCAAGAGUGUUUAGCAGCUACUAAUGGAGGAAGUGUUUCUGGAAAUUCUUAUAAUUCUGCCAGUAGUGUACUAAGCAAUGCUGAACCGAAGGCUUCACAAUCAGAGGGAGGAGGAAGGAUCCUGUUUAAUGCAGAAGAAAGUGUUGAAGGAUGCCGCAUUGAUACUGAAAAUGUUAGUACUUUAGAGAUUGAGCCUAUAGUUUUACAACUCCUUGAAAAGGACACACUUCAAAUUAUUCAAAAGAGACCUCAUGAGACCAGUUCAAAAGCAGAUUUGCAUUUUGGUGUUAAUGCAGAUAGCAGGUCUUCUUGCUCAGUUCAGAUUGUGGAAAACAUGCAGAAAGAAACCUCCCAGAAAACAGAUGAAGUGUUUGCUCGAAUGAGUGGGACAAAAGGCUCUGAAAAGAAUGGAGACAAAGUAAACGCGAAGAUCAGCAUGCUUUUGGAGUUUACUGAAACAGGAAUCCAAAGUAAAAGAAUAAGAUUAGACCCUCGGGAGACAAACAAAAAAGCAGCCUCAUAUUCCAGUAGCAGCAAAACAAACCUUUCAUCUAAGCAAUCACAAUUCAGUCAAGCAGCAGAACAGCAGACAUCCAAGAAAUCAGGAGCUGGGAGAAAGUUAACAAAUAAGAGAACUGCAAAAGGGGAAACUCAGCUGCAUGUUGCUGCUAGGAGAGGAAAUUUGUCUUUGGUGAAAACGCUAAUAUCAUCUGGAAUUUCUGUCAAUGAACAGGACGCCGCAGGUUGGACAGCAAUUCAUGAAGCUUCCAAUAGCGGAUUUACUGAAGUGAUCUUAGAAUUACUGAAAGCCGGUGCGAAUGUUAACAGCAGAAGUCUGGAUGGUAUUUUGCCAAUACAUUAUGCUGUUUCUGGCAAUUAUUUGGAGGCCGUCAGGGUUCUCCUACAGCAUGGAGCAAAUCCCUGUGAGAGAAGUAAUUCAGGGAAAAGUGCUUUGGAUGAAGCUCAUGAUGAUGGAAUGAGUGAACUGCUGAGGUCUUUCUGUGCUAUGGACUCGCUACCUCCUGUUGACACUAUUGAAGUGACAGGAAUGAGAGAUCCUUCUAGAUCAAGAUCAAAAUAUCCUUGUUACAGCAACUGUGAAAAUGAUAAUGCAGAUUUGGAGCCACAAUGUGAGAAAUACAGUGUGGAGCCUGUUGCUGCCAUACAAGAUGCAGAAAAGAGGCAAAAAGAACUGUUGCUGCUUGAAUUGAGAACUUCCAAAGAUGCGGAUACAUAUAUCCAAAGGCUGUCUCAGUUGCAAGAUACUUUGAAUGAAAUGCUUGCAAAACAGAAAGCAGAAAGGGAUACACUUGCUAAAAAAUACAGGGCUUCAGUAGAAUCUUUUAAAAAAGGAGCACUGAGGAAACAAUUAGUUAACCUUGCUUCUAGGCAAAAGAGUCUGUUGACUGUUGCCCAAAACCAGGAAAAAUUAGUCCAGAAAAUACAAAAUUACAGAAAAACAAAGAAAGUGUUCAGUGCACCAUGUUCAGAGAAGCAGAUCUCAAACUCAGUUAUUUCCUGUGGAAAUGAUGAAAGACAAAGUUUAACUGCUGAUGAAAUUGUGUGUCCUGAUGUAGUUACAUUUAGCAUGGGGCUUGGUGCCAGCAUGCCUGAUGGAAACAGAGUAGAAGCCCAUCUCCCUUUAGAAUAUAGAUUUCCAGCUGAGGACUGCAGCCAACAUCCACACAUCUGCUUGAAUGAGACAGGAGCAAAUAAAGAAGCAAUUAGAAGCAAAGAGGCUUUUGAUCAUGCUUUGGCAUAUGAAAGCAGAGUAAGAGAAUAUCCCUUCGACAACAAGUCAAAACUGACAAAUGCUCUAGAAGUGGUGACAUUGCCUUCAGAACCUACUGUUUCCACUGCUAAAUCAAAGUACUUACAGCAGACAGACAUUGAUUGUGUGGCAAUUGCAGAACAAGGAAACAAGUCUUUAAAUCCCACUUCAGUGACAAAGGUAUUCAAUAUUGUAGAACCCCGAAGCACUGUUGUCAAUAACAAUGUCUGUCAGCCAGGCAGUGACUGCCAGCAGGUUCUUACAGUUGAGGGUCUACAGAGAUACAAAAAUGAGAAAGAAGCUUUCCAGCAGCAGCAACAGCGAAUAAUUUUGUCAAAAUCUACAAAGAACUUCCCUAAUACUUUGCAGCAAAUGAUCUUCCAGAGUGCUGAGAACUCGUUUAAUGCCAACUUGGUACUUUCAAAUCAUACCUCAAAUACAGAUUAUCCAGUAAAUCUCAGUGAGAAAGCUUCCCAGAGCUAUAGUAAUCAAGAAUGUGAACAAAUCCAAGUGAGGUGUAGACGAAGAAAUAAGAAGAAGCUUCAGCUGAUAGAUCUACUUGAAUUGGGAAAGAUUAAGCCAGGAGAAAAUGUUUUAGAAUUCAAACUGCAGGAAUUUAGUCAUAAAGCUGCGCUCUUAAACAAUGGCAAGAUCAGAACCAGUAAGGGACAAGUAAUGCAGAAUCCAGUUCAUUGGGUUAAAGACCUACUAGGAAAUGAUAUUUAUGUGACAUGGAAGUAUGCAUGGAAUAAGGUUACAUAUCUUGGGACACAGUUGUCAAAAUUUCUUGAUGAAGGAGUAUCAGUUUCUGAAGACGCAGAAUUACCCUCACAAGAAAGAAUGCCUUUGGGAAAGAAUUUUAUCACGAAGGAUCCCAGCAACCACAACCAGCACCAUCAGGGUCCUGGUACUGUCUCCAUUGCUCAGCCUCUUGGGACUUUUGACCUAAGCAAUAUGCAGCCAAAACCCCCAUCUUUACCACAAGCAGAAGUUGCGCAAACAUGCACUGAAAGAGAAGCAGCUGUUACCAGGGAAUUUAAGAGCUCUUCUGUCCAGUUCAACUCAGUGGAAAGUCUGGCACAUUUUCUUCAAUUCCAUGACAUAAUAAUGGUACCCAAAGAGGAAUUUCUACCAUGCACUGCAAUGGAAAAGUACUGGAAUUUCUACAAAGGAUGUAAAGAUUUUGGAUUCUGAAGACUUCUUCAGUGCUAGCAUUUUUUUUCUUCACUGUCAGUUGAAAGUAAACAUUUGAGGUUUUAAAACUAAGUGCUUUGUUAUUGUCAUGUUGAUAAAUAAUUUGACCAGCGCUUGGAAUUAACUGAAAGGUUGUUUGGGUAAAUGAGGAAUAAGGGAGUACUUUGUAGCAGGUGAGGAUAACUGUUAAUGUUAAAUUUUGUCCUGUAAGAUUAAGAAAUGGGGAAGUAGACGAGGACUGUUAUGUAGUGGUGCUCAUUGUGACUUAUAUUACAACUUGAUAUCUCUGUAUGAAAAUCCACUGAUUUCAGCAGCUGCCUAUGCUUGAUGGGGCUGCACAGAACCAGAUGGGUAUCAGUACUGAUAGUCACUUCCUACACCUAAACUUGGAAUCCCUCUGCUUGAGAAUGUGCUGUCAGAAAUGUUUGCACCUGUUUGUGUAAUAGCAUAAGCUGUUAGGU